AUGUCUCGUCACGGUGACAUUUCCAGCUCCCCGGACACGGUCGGCGUGUGCGUGUAUCAGUACAAGAUGCCGCGUCUGCACACGGUGGAGGACGUGCACGCAAAUGUGAAGGAGAUUUGCAGCAAGAUCGAGGGCAUGAAAGCGGGCCUUCCCGGCAUGGACCUCAUCGUGUUCCCUGAAUACAGCACGCAGGGAAUCAUGUACGAUCGCGACGAGAUGUUCGCCACCGCGGUCACUAUCCCCGGCCCCGAGACGGACAUGUUCAGCGCCGCGUGCAAGAAGUCCAAGGUUUGGGGCGUGUUUUCCCUCACUGGCGAACGAAACGAGGACCCCAAGAAACAGCCUUACAACACCUUAGUGCUCAUCAACGACGAAGGCGAGAUUGUCCAGAAGUACCGCAAAAUCUUACCCUGGUGCCCCAUCGAGGGUUGGUACCCCGGGGACUGCACGUACGUCACCACCGGCCCCAAGGGCAUCAAGAUGUCUCUCAUCAUCUGCGACGACGGCAACUAUCCGGAGAUUUGGCGCGACUGCGCCAUGAAAGGCGCCGAGCUCAUCGUUCGAUGCCAGGGCUACAUGUACCCCGCGAAGGAGCAGCAGAUCAUGGUCGCCAAGUGCAUGGCGUGGAUGAACAACGUGUACGUCGCCGUCGCCAACGCAUCGGGCAACGACGGGGUGUACUCCUACUUUGGGCACAGCGCCAUCGUGGGCAACGACGGGAGGACGCUGGGCGAGUGCUCAACCGAGACGGAUGGCGUGCAGUACGCGCAGCUCUCCAUCUCCGCCAUCCGCGACGCGCGCGAGAACGACCAGAGCCAGAACCAUCUGUUCAAGCUGCUGCACCGCGGGUACACGGGCGUGUACGCCUCGGGCGACGGCGACAAGGGCGUGGCCAAGUGCCCGUUCACGUUCUACGACACGUGGGUCAACAAUCCCGAGCUGGCGCAGGCGCAGGUUGAGAAGAUCACCCGAGGGCACAUCGGGGUGAACUGCUGUCCCGUCCCCGGCGUGCCUCUGCCCUCUCAGGAGCAGGUCAUGAUGGAAUCGGAGAACCUGACGUGA